AAGAAGAGGAGGAGAGGAGAAGAGAAGAAGGGAAGUUAGUUGAGACGUGAAGUGAAAGAACGCAUGGACCCCAUCGGACAAGCAUCCACCGGCGGAACGGCAGCGGGGAUCGGAACAGGUGGACCGCGUUGCACACGAGAACAGCAUCUUGAGCAUUCUGAGCAUCCAUACUUCGAGCACGAACUAGUCUGCUGUAUCGGCCAUUGAAGACUCCACCGCACCUCGGAGCAUCAGAAUACCUCCAACAUAUUCCUAGGCACCUCGCCGCCCCGUCUUCCAACCCUCCCGAGCAAGUACGACAGCAGCCAUGGCGGCCAUGAUCAAGGCGCUCAACGCCAAAAUCCGGAGUAAUCCGACAACAGACUAUCUCUGCUCAACACACUUUUGGGGUCCCGCCAGUAACUUCGGAAUCCCCAUCGCAGCAGUGAUGGACACACAAAAAGACCCCGAAGUUAUCUCCGGGCCCAUGACUACCGCUCUUGUCGGCUACUCUGCAGUCUUCAUGCGCUACUCCAUGGCCGUCACACCGAAGAACUACCUCCUUUUCGGAUGCCACCUUGUCAACUUCAGCGCACAAUCUGUCCAAGGAUAUCGUUUCAUCAAUUGGUGGUAUAUGGGUGGCAGAGACAAGUCGAUGGAAGCAAAAGCUAAGGAGGGUCUGAAGACUGCAGAGGGAAAGAUUGAGGGACUUGUUGGACAAGCGCAGGAGAAGUUGGGACAGGCGGGUGGUAAGGUGCAAGGGCUGGCGGAGCAGGCAAAGGAGAAGAUCAGUAGGUAAAGGUGGAGUGAGAAUCUUGCUGAACAGGAGAGAUUAGUGGUCCAGAUCGAGGUCCGGGCUUUUGCGGGCACUCGACUGCCAGAGGGAGCACAGAGAUGGGUCCCAUUGCGGGCUGCGACUGCAUGUGUGGCUCGCUGGGCUUUGUGCGUCUCACCUACGGGCCCCGUGGGGAAGAGACCAACUACCUAUACCUGCUUGUGUACCUGUAUAGUGGCAUCUACAUCGUAAUCAGCGUUGCAAGCCCCUAGUCCUUGAUUGGGACCUGGAAGAUGAUAAUGUGAAGAUCUGGCCCCGUCGUCAGACUUGUC